UAGACCCGUCGUCGUCGCGGAGAACAUGAUCGGAUGUGCUAUGUACGAGCUUGUCCGUGUCGGUCACGAUGCACUGGUCGGCGAGGUCAUCCGAAUCGAAGCCGACAAAGCCACCAUCCAGGUCUAUGAAGAGACAGCUGGUGUGACCGUCGGAGAUCCCGUCCUGCGAACCGGAAAGCCGCUAUCGGUCGAGCUCGGACCCGGUUUGAUGGAGACCAUCUACGACGGAAUUCAGCGACCCUUGAAGGCCAUCAGCGAAAUGUCCAACAGCAUCUACAUUCCCCGUGGUAUCGCGACACCGGCCCUGGACGCGAAAAAGUCGUGGGAUUUCACACCCGGAGACUUCAAGGUCGGAGAUCACGUCACCGGUGGAGAUAUCUUCGGUAGUGUUUGGGAGAACUCGCUUCUCGAUGACCACAAGAUUAUGCUUCCACCACGCGUGAAGGGUACCAUCACGAGCAUUGCCGAGAAGGGUUCCUACACGGUGAGGGAUACAGUUCUUGAGGUCGAGUUCGAUGGGAAGACGCAGGAGGUCAGCAUGAUGCACACUUGGCCCGUUCGUGUUCCUCGGCCGGUGGCCGAGAAGCUUACAGCGGAUUAUCCGCUGUUGACCGGUCAGCGUGUCUUGGAUGCCCUGUUCCCUUGUGUCCAGGGUGGUACGACGUGUAUUCCCGGAGCCUUUGGAUGUGGAAAGACAGUUAUUUCUCAGGCGCUUUCCAAGUUUUCAAACUCGGACACUAUUAUCUACGUCGGAUGCGGAGAGCGAGGAAACGAGAUGGCUGAAGUCUUGAUGGACUUCCCUGAGCUGUCUAUCGAGAUCAACGGCCGCAAGGAGCCCAUCAUGAAGCGUACCACCUUGGUCGCGAACACCUCCAACAUGCCUGUCGCUGCCCGUGAGGCUUCCAUCUACACUGGUAUCACCUUGGCCGAGUACUUCCGUGAUCAAGGAAAGGACGUGGCCAUGAUGGCAGACUCUUCGUCCCGCUGGGCCGAGGCUUUGCGUGAGAUUUCCGGACGUCUCGGAGAGAUGCCCGCAGAUCAAGGUUUCCCCGCCUAUCUCGGUGCUAAGCUAGCCAGUUUCUACGAGCGUGCCGGAAAGGCCAAGUCACUCGGUAGCCCUGGAAGAUACGGAAGUGUCAGUAUCGUCGGAGCUGUCUCCCCUCCCGGUGGUGAUUUCUCGGACCCGGUCACUUCAGCAACUCUCGGUAUCGUGCAGGUCUUCUGGGGUCUCGACAAGAAGCUCGCCCAGCGAAAACAUUUCCCCAGCGUCAACACAUCCAUCAGUUACUCGAAGUACUCUAAUGUCCUGGAUAAGUACUACCAGUCCAACUACCCCGAGUUCCCCACGCUCAGGGACAGAAUCAAGCAGCUCUUGUCCGACAGUGAGGAGUUGGACCAGGUCGUGCAGCUGGUCGGAAAAUCGGCACUUUCGGACCCCGACAAAAUCACGCUUGACGUCAGCUCUCUGAUUAAGGAGGACUUCUUGCAGCAGAACGGUUACUCGGCCCACGACCAAUAUUGUCCCAUUUGGAAGACUCUGUGGAUGAUGAAGGCCAUGGUGGGUUUCUUUGACGAGUCACAGAAGGCCGUGCAGUCGGGUGUGUCUUGGACCAAAGUCAGGGAGGCUACAUCCGAUAUUCAGCACCAGCUUCGUUCCAUGAAGUUCGAGAUUCCGGAUGACGGAGAAAAGGUCGUCUGUGCGAAGUACGAGAAGCUGUGGAAUGAGAUGAUGGACAAGUUUGCUAGCAUCGGCGAUGAUUAGACUAGGAGCUGUAGUCGGCUGUUGCAAUUGUUUUCGUUUUUAUAGC